CUACCCAGGCACCGGGCGGUCAACCUGUUUCUACAGGGAUAUGAGAAGUCCUGGAUUGAGACUGAGGAGCACUACUUUGAGGAUAAGCUCAUAGAGGACCUGGCUAGGCCUGGAGGAGAGGAGCCUCCUGAAGAAGAUGAGGGAGCCAAGAGGAUCGACCCUCUUCAUCAGCUCAUACAGUUAUUCAGUAGGACGGCCCUGACUGAGAAGUGUAAGCUGGAAGAGGACAUUCUCUACAUGGCCUAUGCUGACAUUAUGGCUAAGAGCUGUCAUGAUGAAGAGGAUGAGGAUGGAGAGGAGGUGAAGACUUUUGAAGAAAAAGAGAUGGAGAAACAGAAGCUGCUAUAUCAGCAGGCCAGGUUACACGACCGAGGUGCUGCAGAGAUGGUGCUGCAGACUAUCAGCGCCAGCAAAGGUGAGAUGGGUCCCAUGGUGGCCUCUACUCUGAAGCUGGGGAUAGCUGUCCUCAAUGGAGGCAACUCGACUGUUCAGCAGAAAAUGCUGGACUACCUGAAAGACAAGAAGGACGUGGGCUUCUUCCAAAGUCUGGCUGGUCUGAUGCAGUCGUGCAGUGUUCUGGACCUGAAUGCGUUUGAGCGCCAGAAUAAAGCAGAGGGACUGGGCAUGGUGACAGAGGAGGAUCAG